UCAUAUAAUAUCAUUCUCUAUCCGACCAACCCUUCUCCUUAUUUUAAUUUCACUUUCAAGAACAAAUCUUUCUUCUUUCUGAAAUUAUAUAAUUUCUGCUUUUCUUUCUUGUUCAUGAUGGUUUUUGGUUGGAGAAGAAAGAAUGCUCGCAAGAAGCAGCAAUCCACUUCCAAUAUGGAGCUGCUCAUUCCCAACCAUUUUAUUUGCCCCAUUUCUCUUGAUCUUAUGAAAGAUCCUGUCACUUUGUCUUCUGGAUUCACUUAUGAUCGAUCAAACAUUGAGGCCUGGCUUCAGGCUGGGAAUUUCACUUGCCCUGUUACCAAUCAGAUACUCACCAGUUUUGAUCUCAUCCCCAAUCAUAAUCUCAGGAAAAUGAUUCAAGAUUGGUGUGUCGAGAAUAGCAAGUUUGGCAUCCAACGUAUCCCAACACCCAGAGUUCCUGUCUCUCCUACUCAGGUCUCUGACGUUCUUUCAAGUCUCGCUGCUUCGACCAGGAGUUUGGAUCAAUACGAGUGCCUGGAUUUGGUGCAGAAAAUGAAGAAAUGGGGCAAUGAAAGUGAGCGUAAUAGGUGUUGCAUUGUGGAUAAUGGAGCAAGCGCCGUGUUAGCUUCAACAUUCAAUGCCUUUGCCACAGAUUCUUUCGAAAGAAAUGCCAAUAUUUUGGAGGAAAUAUUGUCUAUUUUGGAUUGGAUGUUUCCACUGGAUGUGGAAUCGCAAAUAUAUUUAGGCUCACAAGCUUCUCUACGCUGCAUGUUGUGGUUCUUGGAGUGCAGAGAUCUUUCAUCCAAGCAGAACUCCAUUGUUGCAUUAAAAGAGCUUCUUUCCUCAGAUCAACAACAUGCAGAGGCACUUGCAAUCAUUGAAGGAGUAAAUGAAGUCCUAUUUAGAUUCAUUAAAGACCCAAUAUGCCCUAAAAUCACCAAAGCUUCUCUAACGGUUAUAUUCUGUCUACUUUCAUCUCCUUCUUCCAGUGAGAAGAUCAAAUCAGCAUUUGUGAAGAUGGGUUUGGUUUCUUUACUGAUAGAAAUGAUUAUCGACUCAGAAAGGAGCACAUGUGAGAGAGCUUUAGGUGUUCUUGAUAGGCUUUGUGAUUGCGAAGAAGGGAGAGAAGAGGCAUACAAUAAUUGCCUAACAUGGCCAGUGCUGGUAAAGAAAAUCUUGAGGGUAUCAGAAUUGGCAACAGAAUAUUCAGUUUCAUGUAUUUGGAAGCUUAACAAAUAUGGAAGAAAAGAGAAAGUUCUGGUUGAGGUUCUUCAAGUGGGUGCUUUUCAAAAGCUAGUGUUACUGUUGCAGCUUGGCUGUGGUGAUGAGACCAAGGAGAAAACAACCGAGCUUUUGAAACAAAUGAAUCCUUACAGGAAUGGAUUGGAAUGCAUCGAGUCUGUUGAUUUCAAGAACCUCAAACGAUCAUUUUGAAGAACUUCAAAGAUUUUGUUGAAUUCUUUAAUUUUUUUUUUCCCUUAUAUUUAAUUAAACAUGUAUACAUGUACAUCUAGUUAGAGAAUAUUUAUUAGAAUCAAUGUGAAAACAAAUUUAGAAUAUACUUCGAGUGUUUAAAAUUCAUAAAAUAAUGCUAUCACACUUCUGGUUGAGUAUUUUACCCUUAAUGCAAAGUCAAGGAUUUAAAUUUCUA